CUCACACUACCACCACACUCACACCAGCGCCACCCAGCACAACACUUAACGAAAAGAGAACAGCUAGCUAGAGUAGAAGCUUAGUUCGAGAUGGCUGCGGCAAGGACUGCUUCGGCGGUGGUGCUGGCUCUGGUGCUGGCGGCGGCGGUGGUGGCGCCGGCGCGCGCCGCCAUGUCGUGCGCAACGGUGUACAGCACGCUGAUGCCGUGCCUGGAGUUCGUGCGGGAGGGCGGGACGCCGGCGCGGGGCUGCUGCUCCGGCAUCAAGGACCUGCUGGCCCAGGCCAACAACACCCCCGACCGCCGCACCGUCUGCAGCUGCCUCAAGAACGUCGCCAACAGCGCCGGCGACUCCACCAUCAUCGGCCGCGCCUCAGCGCUGCCCUCCAAGUGCAACGUCGCCCUGCCCUACAAGAUCAGCCCCAGCGUCAACUGCGCCUCGAUCCACUGAGGCGGCAUGGGCCGGGCUCGCCUCGACGCGCGUCUCCCGUUCGAGGAGCUGGUGAUGCCCGGAGAAUAAAUUGCUGCUAGUCGUAUUGAAGCUUAGCUAGGCUUUGGUGGUCAGAUCCGUGUUGUUCGAGCCAGCUAGCCGUCGUCGUUUCUGAUUUAUCUUCAGUUCAUGGUGUCGUACGUAGCCUGCUGGGCACUGGUCGGCUCCGCUUCCGCGAGCAGAGUGGUGAAUCCAUGUGUGCGCGUGCUUAAUUAGUAUAAUACUAAUAAUAUGCGUAUCUAUGUAAUGUGCGUGCUUUAUCCUAGUAAUGAUUUCAUCGUCAACUAUUUAGUA